AUGUCCUCCCAAAUCAGCAUCCAAACACGCUCCAUCUACCGCUCUAUUCUCCGCGAACUCCCCCAGCGCCCGCUCUCCUCCCCUUCGCCCCUCCAAAAACGAAUCCGGACAUACCUAGCGAACCCAGAGGGCCAAGCACCCACAGACCUUGCACAGGCCCGUAUCGAGGAAGCGGAGCAAUUCACCCAAUACCUAAGAGCCCAGAGGCAAUAUACAACUUUACUCGAACGGUAUAACCCUGGUGCGGAUAUGGAUGAGCAGGAACGCGUUCGGUUAACGGCGAGAAGAGUGGGAAUGGAUUUACCGGUGGGGUCUAAGGAUGCGAAUGCUGGUAAUGAAGGAAAGUCGUGA